AUGGUGGGAGCCUGGAAACUCAAGAAUCUGGUGGAAUCUCAAGAACUAAGUAAAAAUCUGUUUUUGUUUCUCUUCGCGACAAAGAGGGAUAUGGAGGGGGUUCUGCGCAAUGGGCCUUGGAGCUUCGAUCGAAAUCUUUUGGUUCUUGCUCGUGUCUCCGAUGAAGAACAACCGUCAGAUCUCAAUAUUCAUUUUGGAGUCUUCUGGGUCAGGAUUUAUGAGGUCCCACUUAUGCUAAGAUCAGAGGCAAUGGCGAGGAAAUUAGGUGGGAUCCUUGGGGUUUUUGAAGAGAUGGAUCAGAAAGAAGCUCAUAAAAAUGGUAGGUUUUUGAGAAUCAAAGUGACAAUACAUCUCAAGCAACCGUUGAAGAGAGGUACGAUUGUGAGAUUCAAAGACAAGAACCUCUGUGUUCACUUUAAAUAUGAAAUACUUCCGACUUUCUGUUUCAUCUGUGGAAGAGUGCGGCACCAACUAUAG